AUGGUUUUAAACGCAAAAAAAAAGGCCGCUCUUAAAGUUUUAUCACACGUUUUCGCAGCAUCCAAGAAACGACACGUUCCGCCCAAGAACAGUGGAAAAUUGCAGAUAGCAGCUAAUUUAUAUGAAGUCGAAUUUGACGAGACGGUAUUAUUAACGGAUCAACAAAUGUUGCAAAAACAAGAGCAACAGCGAAAGGAACAAGAAAAAAAACAAGUCACAUUAUUAUUCGCCCACGCAAAUGGUUUUCAUAAAGAAAUUUGGGAACCAGUGUUGAAAAAGUUAACGCAAGAAUAUCAUUUUGAUUCUUGGGAUAUAAAGUUGUGGGCAAUGGAUUGUUAUAAUUCUGGUGAUAGUGCUGUUUUAAAUGAAGCGUUUUUACCGGAUUCCUUUAGCUGGAAAGAUUAUGCGCUUGAUAUCUUAAGUGUGAUAGACGAAGCAAAGUUACAAAAGCCUCUAAUUGGUGUUGGACACUCGAUGGGAGGAUCUAGCAUGAUAAUAGCAGAAAAUUUACGCCCUGGAACAUUUUCGUCAGUUGUCGUCAUUGAUCCGGUGAUUUUUCCGGCUUAUAUAAAUAUAAAGUCUGGAUAUCUUUGGGCAAAUAAAAGAAAAGAUAUCUGGACAAAUAGGGAAGAAGCGAGCAAGUUUCUUCGUCCAAAACCACUUUACAAAGAAUGGAAUUCACAUGCAUUUGAACUUCAUAUUGAACACGGAUUACGUGAACUACCAACCGGAAAAGUAACUUUGAAAUGUCCAAGGCUUCAAGAACAUGCAACCAACGGGCCCUUGGUCGCUGGUUGUUUCGAGAUGCUAUCGAGUAUCAAAAUUCCCGUUUUGUAUAUUGCCGGCGAAGAAUCUACAACAAACACUCAAGAGAUUCGAGAACUGAAUACGUCAAAAUUACCUUUUGGUGAAUUAGCUGUAGUAUCGGAUGCUGGACAUUUAGUUGUCAUGGAGAAACCGGAUGAAGUUGCAUUACUGAUCAAAAGAUUCAUCGAACAGCAACUCAAAGAUUCAACAGUAAAUCCGGUAAAACAUGCGGAAAAAAUGGAUAAAUUUAUGACGGAUGAUACAAUUCAGUCGGGAAAAGACACAGAGAAUAAAUCAAAAUUAUAG